GUUUACAACUUUAUUUUGCAAAAAAAUCUAGAAAUUUCUUUUUUUUUAUCGAUUGAUUGAUUGAUUUUCAUACUGACAUCUUGGAUAAGACCACUUAACAAAUGAUAAUGGAACCAACACAACAACAGCAAAAAAAACCACGAUUUGAUUGGUAUGAAACUGAUCAAUUAAUUGUCAUCGGUGUCAUGAUCAAACAGAUUGAUAAAUCAAAAGUUCAUGUUGAAUUUCAACCACGACGUAUAAUUUUCACUUAUGAACAUCAGACGGAGAAUGAUAAUGAAAAAAUUCAUUACGAACUUAUUCUCGAUUUGAAUGGUGAAAUUAUACCAUCGGAAUCCAAUUGGAAAGUAACAUCUGUAAAAGCCGAAAUUAAGCUACGUAAAGUGGCCAAUUAUCGUUGGCAAAAACUUGAGGCUGUUCCAUGCAAUCAACCGAAAACAUGUAUACCGAUGAAUUCAUUGUCAAAAGUUACUAAUACGGAUUCAGGAGGAUCAUCAUCAAACGAUAAUGUCAAAACAAAAGGAAUGAUGCGUAAUUGGGAUGAACUAGUCAAACAAGUCGAAAAAGACGAUGAACAAGAAGAAAAUGGUGUUGAAGACUUAUUUCGUCGUAUAUAUUCUUCUGGUGAUGAAAAUUUACGUCGAGCCAUGAAUAAAUCGUUUGUUGAAUCAAACGGUACGGUUUUAAGUACUAAUUGGAAUGAUGUAGGAAAAAGUACAGUGGAAAUGAAACCACCGGAUAAUUGUGAAUAUCGUAAAUGGAAUGAAUGAAAAUUCCAAAAAAAUUAUAUCCAUCCAUCAAAUUUUUAAAAAAAAAUCGAAGCAAAUGAGAUGUAAAUAUGCCAAAUAGAAAAAAAAACACAUUUUUUAAAAUGUUAUUUUCGAUCGAAUAUCAAUGAUCGAUGAUGAUGAUUGUUAAUAUUUAUUUCGAUUCUUGUGAAUUAAAAACAUCGGGAAAUAAUUCCUUAUAUUUAUUAUUCUUA